AUGAAUGUUUGCUGUCGCCUUUUGAGUCGCAGUUUGCGGAGGAAUGUGGCAGGCACAUAUAGGUCAUAUUAUGGUGAAAGAAUUGCAACGAUCGGAACACCACCAGACAAGAAUUCGGACCAAUACAAGGAAAACUAUGUCCGCAUGAAAGAACUAGUUGCUGAGCUGAAAUCAAAUGUAGCUACAGUCACACAAGGAGGUGGGGAAAAGAGCAUCCAGCGUCAUGUAUCCCAGGGGAAGAUGCUGGUCAGGGAUCGCAUCAAUAAUCUCCUGGAUCCAGGCUCCCCAUUUCUGGAGUUGUCUCAACUGGCUGGCUACGAUCUAUAUGGUGAAGAGGAAGUGCCUGCCGGGGGAAUUAUCACCGGUAUUGGCAGGGUGUCUGGGGUUGACUGUAUGAUUGUAGCCAAUGAUGCAACGGUCAAAGCAGGCACUUACUAUCCAAUCACAAUCAAGAAGCAUCUACGAGCACAAGACAUCGCCAGAGAAAACAACCUGACCUGUGUGUAUUUAGUGGACUCAGGAGGAGCUAAUUUACCCCGGCAGGAUGAAGUCUUUCCAGACCGAGACAACUUUGGCCGCAUCUUCUACAAUCAAGCCAUCAUGUCUAGCAUGGGCAUACCUCAGAUCGCCGUUGUCAUGGGUAGCUGUACCGCUGGAGGUGCGUACGUACCAGCCAUGGCUGAUCAGAGCAUCAUUGUCAAGGAGCAGGGAACCAUCUUCCUUGCUGGGCCACCAUUGGUACGGGCAGCUACUGGUGAGGUGGUGUCUCCUGAAGAAUUGGGCGGAGCAGACCUCCAUUGUAGGACGUCGGGCGUGACAGACCACUUUGCAGAAGACGACAGUCAUGCGCUGUACCUCGCCAGGAGAACAGUGGCCAACCUUAACCGGAAGAAAACUACAAAUAUUCCAAUUCAGGAACCGCGAGACCCAGUUUACUCAGUUGAUGAGUUGUACGGCAUUGUGCAAAGCGACUUUAGCAAAGUGUAUGACAUCAGAGAGGUCAUCGCAAGGGUUGUGGACGGCAGUGUGUUUGAUGAGUUCAAGACGCUGUACGGAGACACGUUGAUAACAGGAUUUGCUCAUAUCCAUGGUUACCCAGUAGGUAUCCUUGGUAACAACGGGGUGCUGUAUUCAUCGUGUGCUUUAAAGGCUGCUCACUUCAUUCAACUAUGCUGCAAACGGAAAAUUCCCCUAAUAUUUCUACAGAACAUCACAGGUUUCAUGGUUGGCCGUGACGCUGAGGCGGGCGGUAUUGCCAAGAAUGGAGCCAAGAUGGUGAAUGCCGUAGCAUGCGCCAACGUUCCCAAGAUCACUGUCAUCGUAGGUGGGUCAUUUGGUGCCGGUAACUAUGGAAUGUGUGGACGGGCCUAUGGUCCACGAUUCCUGUAUAUGUGGCCCAACGCGCGGAUCUCCGUCAUGGGAGGCAAGCAGGCAGCGUUGGUACUGGCUCAGGUACAGAAAGCACAGAAACAACGAAUGGGACAAGAGUUCACUGCCGAGGAGGAAGAAGCCUUGAUGAAACCCAUCUUGGAGAAAUACGAACAGGAAGGAAGUCCUUACUAUUCCAGCGCUAGGUUAUGGGAUGAUGGAGUGAUAGAUCCUGCCGACACGCGCACCAUCCUUGCGCUUAGUUUGAGCGCUGCCCUCAACGCUCCUGUACAGAACACUGACUUCGGUGUCUUCCGCAUGUGAUGACAAUUUACAGACAGUUAUUAUAAAUAGAUAUCAUGAUCAUGAAAUUCAGAGUAUUUUGAUGCUCGUUAUGUUGAGGAUCAUUGUGAAGCGAGUCGGCAAAUGUCAGCAGAUAAUCGCAUGGACUUGUAGGGGGCACUAACAAUUUGAGAAAUAAGGGAAAUCGCCAAUUUGUUUGUCUUACAGACAAAUCUCAGUGUACAUUCACUUUAAUCUUUAACCACGGUCCACAUCACACGUGUACAUGUACAGCAUGCGUGUUCAAUCUUUACUGUGCAUCAAGUUUGCUUGAAGAUAUAUUUGUUAUCCCACUCGCGCUUGUGGAAUGCAGAAAAUGUAGUGGGUUUGUGUUCCAUAUCUUCGACCGGGUGGCAUAUGGGACACAGACUCACUACAUUAUUCCGUAUUCCACUCACGCUCGUGAAGUAUCUAAAGUGUACCUUAUCAACGGCUAUUUUGAAAAAUAGCGGACACAGUGCUUCUGCCAUUGGGUAGAUCUGGGGAAGAGGGUUGCUGUAUGUAGAAAGUUUCCUUUUUUCCAGGUGCUAGUUUUUGUUUGUAUAGUUAGAAACUGGAGAAUUUGAAUUGCCAGACACGCACAAUCACCAAGUGUGUUCAGCUUCCAUAGGAACAAGCAACACAAAUAUCAGGGAGAAGACCGUGCCAACAACAUGUGCACCCCUCCCAUGCUACACGAUAUGCUACAACAUAUGCUACAACCGCACUCAUCAUGUGUAUGUGCACACUGGUACUUUGUAGGUCUUUUGUCAGAAACUUGGCUGCGCAAUAGCAGUUUUGUUUGGGAAUAAAAAGGAGCAGGCUUCACGGAUCAGCUGUUAGUAAUUGCACAACUUACACACACACACAAAAAGGACCAACAUUGACAAGUGGUUGCAUGAUCACACAUGAUGGUUAAUACUGUUUUAAUACCUAAAACAUCGGUUUCAGUUGGAUUUUUUUAAAUUAUUGAAAACAUUAAAGCACACAAGAAAAAAAAAAUGUUUUGAAUACAGCAAGAAAACUGACCAAUAGAAAUGGCAUAUACAUUACAGUAGUCAUGUACUCAAUACAAUCUGAGUCAUCUAGGGGUACUUGUACUUUCAAAAUGCAGAGAGACAUAAAGGAUUUGUAGUUAAGUUCAUAUUUUGUCCUUUGUUUUUUCCUUUAAUCACUCUGAGAACUUGUUCUUGCAGUUCAUUAUCAAAUUGGGUACUUUAACACAUUUCCUGAUUACUUUAGAGCAGAUCAGUGGUUGUAAAAACUUGAGACUUGUAACACAACUGUCCCGAACAGAUAGAAACUGUAUUGGUUUUAUAAGCUAUUUUUUUGUGUCAAUAAUAUGCCAUUUUCGAUAUUCCUUCUUUUUUACUGAAGUACUAAGUAAUCUCAAUUUCAGACCAAGUUGGAUGCAUAUUUUGUUCAAUCUAAACUUAAUAUGACAGUAUUUAUAACAAAUUCUGUCUAGAAUUGAUUCAAGUCUGAGAAUUGCCCAUGUCUAUCAUACAGCUGGUAUCCUUGGUGGUUUCUAUCAGUGCAAAAGGAGUGCACUCCUGAUAACCAGACCACUAAAUUAGUCUAGCAAAUACGACACAUUAUUGUGUUAUUAAUAUGUACCUCUAUGCUUGGGCAUUGUUUUAGCAUGGGUUGAAGUAACAUACGUCAGACUUGAACCAAGUCUACUUUUCUUUAAAUUUAACUAACUAGAAAGUAUAGAAUUCUAAAAUCCUGAGUCCCAAACUGUGGGAAACAUUUCUACAUGGAAGCUUCAACAGUUUUCUCUAUUGCUUGAAGGAAACUUACUGGAUGGUUUGUAAAGUACCUGUACAACAAUAAAUUCCCGAUAAUGCUUAUCUGUGAUGACGUACUUUCAUCUCA